AUGACAGUAACGUGCACUCAAUUGAUCCACACGGCGACGACGGUUGAGGUCUGGGGCAAGCAGCGAGUAGCUGUAUUGCAAAAUCGAAGUCCAGAUGUCAAGACCAGUCCCAAUCAAAUUGGGAAACGACUUGCCUUGACAUCCAGCACCAAACAGAAACAGGAUGUUGGAAAGCACGCCAACCAAGAGAAAGAGGAUGCCAAGACACAGGUCAUGGUCAAGGAGUCUCCAUCAACAAAGGAACCUUCCUUGGACAGAUUCUUGCAGGGGUACAAUGGAUUCAUGUGGUCAGGGGCAAAUCAAGAGAAGAUGCUCAAGUGUUUGCAGUAUUGUCUUUGGAUGAUUUCUUUCUUCUUGUUGCGAGAAAGAGAAAGGCAAGAGGAUUGUGAUAGAUUAGUCAAGGAACUGGAAUCAGCCAGAUACAUCUUGCGUUUCCUUGGUCUGCCACCGGCUCUGGAGGCAGCUCGAAGUGUCUCAUGGUCUUUCUCGUCUGCCGAGUAUCCUAAGCUUCAACAAUUCUUGGGGAAACUCUUAGCCUGGACAAUGGUUGGCUACUACCCUCUUGAGCAUGCUGCCUAUCUCCUUUGGUACAGCCCCAAACUUAUUUUUCCGACCUCUGAAGUUCCCUUUCGGUUGGCUGAGGCUCUCUCUAUGUGGUCCUGUCGAUGCUGGUUGGCCUAUGUCUUUGUUGAAAUCCUUCAGAAUGGACUGCAGUACUAUGAAGAAACUCAAAAGGCGAGGAAGUACGCAGAGCAAAAGAAGAAUGACUCUCAAGAGUUGCUGUCUGCGAAACCACCCCGUCCAGCAACAAUGAAGUACCUGAGAUUGCAGCUUGUUCGAGCAUCUUUACAUUUGCUGCCUGCCAUUCACUGGUCAUUGCGAAACUCGGAUAUUGAACCAUGGCUUUCUCUGCCAUUUGUUAACACUCUCAUGUGGUUGGAGUCUGUGGUUUGUAUGAUUCAGGGUAUUGCAAGCUUCCAAAGUUGA